UACCAGACCGCCGGGGUGCGGGAGUGCGAAGACCUCGGACUCUCCGCCAUCUUCAGCGAGCAGGUCUGCAUGCACGCGCGGAACUGGCUGGCCGAGCAGGGGCACCCCGGGCGCGCCGCCCUGAUGACCGAGAAGGGCUGCUACCUGAGGGCGCCCGAGAGCUUCGGCUCGGCGCCCGUCCACGACCACCGCUGUGCGGACGGCUGGGACCACCUGCUGGGGCAGGCGAGCAGCGAGUCCAAUGCGACCGCGUGCAAGGCAAUGUGUCUUGCAUCGCCCAACUGCAGUGCGGUCGCCUACGCGCGGAAGGGCGAUGAUCAGGACAAGUGCGUCGUGUGCACCAGCUCAGACACGGCCGAGGACCCCUCGAAGUCGUGGGACGUGUACACCAAGCAGGCGCAGGUGCCGACCAGCGAGCCGGAGGACAAGGGGAACUCCUCGUCCAACCAGUCCUCGUCCAACCAGUCGGACGGCGAGGCCACCAGCGGCCUCCCGGGCAUGCUCGAGGCGGCCCUGCGGGCCGAGCUGCCGGCGUUCGGAGAGGCGCGCCCCGAGCUCGACGAGCCGGUGUGCUCCAACCUGGCCUACCCAGUCCAGGAGAUCACGACAUCCACGGACGAGUCCACAUCCAACGAGACGCUCGACGACACGUCCAACGACACGUCCAACGAAACGUCCAACGGAACGUCCAACUCGACGUCCAACAAGACGUUGACGUCCAACACUACGUCGAAGUUCAUGAAUACGGCGCUGGCUGUGGUGAGCGUUGCCGUGAUCCAGGGCGCUGGCUUUUGUGAGGAGGUGAUGCAGUCGAUGUGGAUGGAGCAUGCCAUCCAUGUCACCGGCUCAGGCAAGCGCGGAGUCAUGGAGAUCCCGUCCUUGUCUGAUAUGGGUCCGGCGACUAAGGGGGCGAAGACGAGCUUCGACAAGCGGGGCGUUCCAGGCGAUGAUGCGGUGCACGUCGUCUGCCUGGAAUACUCGCAGGACGGCGGCAAGUACGGCGAUCAGUUCGAGACGGGCCCCUUGAUUCAAGCCACCACGAUUUGUAGCCUCACUCCAUCUCCUCUGUACAUGCAGAAAAAAGUUGUGGAGAUGUUCGGCGCCCAGCACUCGGCUGAUGACGGGGAGUCUCCGCCGAAGAGCCUGGAUGAAGUCCUUGACACAUAUCAGGCGGCUUUCUCGUACACGUCGAAAAAGUCUACCGAUGAAGACGGCGUCGGCUGGGCCAAAAACGCCGCUGCGUGGUACGUGCCAGCUGCGAAGAUUAAGGACUUCCUCAUGUACUACGACGAGGUCAUUGCGUGGCGCUUCAAGUUCCAGGACGAGGAGUUUGACAGCAUCACAACGCCGACGCAACCGAAGAUCAUGGUUCACGUCCCAUCGCAGGCCGCGUGGAAGCCCGUCGUCGACGCUACGCAGGAUGAGCUAAAGUGCGUCUUCGAGAUCGAGGAGGAGGAGACCUGCAAGCCCAUGGGCGUAUCGGUGUUUGGAGUGCCGCCGCCAACGUUCCCGCGCAGAGUUGUCAUCGUGCAAUUCGAGCUCACCGCUGACGGGUCGAAGGCCCACUGGGUCUUCGCUGGCAACACUAUGCCUUUCAAGUCUGGCUUCGUGGAGCACAAAAUAUCAGGUCGGUCUUUCAAGAGCCCCAUGUCCGAGUACCCUCAGUUUUUCAGGAUCAUCGAGCACGUGGACCUCACCGACACCCAGAAGGCGAUCGACAUGCUGAAGGACAUCGUGACUGACAUUCUGAAGAAGACCCCGGUCGUCCUCCGCCUCAAGGAGACGAAAGCGGACUCGUGCCACAUCCGUAAGGUUGUGAGCGCCUUUGGAGAGGAGGAGUUCCCGAACGUGCGCAGCGAGCCUACAUUGGUGGCCGAUAUCGCUGGGCGGGGCAUUCACAUGGCUGCUCGCACGUGCGGUGAUGGAGCCUGCGCUCUGCACAGUGCAUGGGGCGUAGUCACGGAGGAAGUGGGCCAGAGUGGUACGUGGUAUUAUUGUGAGAACGCCCGGGACAGAGUACUCAUGAACGUUCCAGUGAGCUACGAGGCAGGUCAGGUCGACGGGGACGCGGCCACCGCAUUGAAGAUAUGGCUUGACUUUGUUUGGGCGGACCAGGUGAUGUUCGCCAUGGCCCGCGCCCGGGGGGAGCCCGUGACGCCAGCUGAAAGUCGCGGUGCAGGUGUGAUCUGGGAGGCCUUAAGCGCAGAGCGGCGGGAAUGUCUGGAGGACUUCGCUGAGCUCAAGCUCGUGGAAACCAACGUGAUCGAAGUGCUGUCCGAAGACCUCGUUCAUAGGAGUGUGGCGAUGUUCGAGAUGGAGAACCGACCGUAUUUGAAGCAUUUAGUCGUGGCCCUGGGGUACGUCUCAGAGCAGGACUCGAAGAAGUUGGGCUUCAUCCUGGACGGGGUGGUGAGCGAUCCUUUGGAGUUGUUCAGGCCGUCUAGAACGUACCACAGCAGGUCUCGCUUCGACGUCAUGUGCGAGGGGCACGUGGAUGAGAGUCGCAGCUUGCGCAGGCUACUAUUUUUGAACAAUGUCCACGGGUCAUCUGAGGAGGGCGUGAAGAGUAUUAUGUCCACGCUGCAUCGGUUUCAGGCUGAGAUGGCGCAGGCGGGGCGGAGCGAGCUCGCACAUGCCCUUGUCGGAGUGGCGGCUACGCUUAAAACGCGCUGGGAGGCUCAGCGUUUGCCGGAUAUCCCGUCCGAGUGUACCCCAACAGAGGCGUGGACAGCAUGUCGGCGUGCGUGGGCUGACGGUCGGUAUUGGUUUUCAGUGGACGAGUUGUAUAUGUUUGCGUAUUUCGCGGAUGCGAACGUGGAAGUAUUCGUUCUCGAGGUGGACGGCGAGGAGGGUGUGACGUUUGUGGAGAUGCCAUCCAGCUUUGGGCGUUAUGUGGGCGAACAGCGUCCAGUCGCAGUGGUCCUCACUACAGACGUCGACACGGGGCUUGGCCACUUCUCUCGGUUGUUGAGCAGCGCGGAGUGGGAGAGCGCCGAGGAUUAUAGUGCGCAAGCAUCAGACAGUGGGCGUUUUGACAAUUGA